ACCGAGCCCGCCCGCCGAGUCUGGUGGCCUUGGCAGCCCGCAGGCAAGGAAGAAUGGCCGUGUGGCCCGUACGGGCCAUCGUCUGCCGCAAAGUUUUGGGCCGACGGGUCGGAGCUGGCCCAGGCUUCCCCGGCGCCCGUCGCCUCCCUCUCCACCCAUGCCUCCCGUGCCGCAACAAGCAGACACAGCACUCCGGCCGCCGUAUAAACAACUGCGCGCUCGCUCGCGCUGACGUGCCUACCUCGUCGCGGCGACAGCGAGACUGCCGACCUUCCCGAAAAUAUCCCACGGCCAACGGCCACCGUGCGCGGCCGGGAGGCCACGUCCUCCAUGCCUCCGGCGCCGCAGCAACCAGACAGACGACACCGCACAGACCUUGCCCUGUAGCAGCAAAAAGUACGCGCGCACGCCCGCAUAAAAAAGGACAGCCGCGUGCGUCGCCCAUGACCCCGGCCUCGGCCCUCAGCUCCGGCAGCGCCACGCGGCGGCACCGCCGACCUCCCCGAAAAUAUCCCACGCCGGAGCGGCCACGCGGCCAGCCAAGUUGGCGCGCUUUCCGCUCGUAGUCGGCGGUCAAUGGCCGUGGAGCCUACCCCGUACCGCUAUCCCCGCCCACGGAUUGGCGGAAAGCGACAGCGCAAGCGGGCAAUAAGAUAAGCGCCAACUUGUGGGACGCUUCCAGAACCCUCCUCCCCCUCCGUCCCUUCCAGAACUCUCCCACGCCACGUCACCUCGCCGCUAAUAAGAUAGAAGCUGGUUCCGUUCCUUCCAUCCAAGAACCGUCUGGAAACUUCGGAAUCGGAAGCCGGUGGGUGGGGGCCGAGCUGUAUAAAUGGGCGGCCACCGCGUGCUCGCCCGCUCAACCACACCUCAAGUACGAGCCAAAAGGACACGGCCCUGUACUUCGCCGUCCUUCGCCUCCAUGUUCCGACCUUCUAACGACUGUGGUCUGCUCCCUCUUCCUUUCCUCUUCAAUCAAUCUCCGUACCUGUACUUUGCCGUUUCCUGAAUUGGACCAGCAGCAUUCCCAAUUCGGCAGCUUUGGGGAAAUUUACUUCCCAUUUCUUCAGAAAAUCGCCUUUCCCCCUUCAUCUUGCGACCAGCUUUGCCCUCUGAAUCUUGUUUGAUUCAGAAAAGGUCAUCUGCGGCCACCCAGUAAUUUGCCCGGUUCUUAUUCUUUCUGGACCUCUUCUUUUUUGCUUGGUCCGACUAGCGGGGAUGUGCAGUCCGUAAUCCCCUAACUCCCAUUAGUCUGCACUGUCUUUCUCUUUCUUUUUGUCUUCUGUUUCAUCAUGGAUCCGUUCAAGUUCAACGGUAUUGUGAAAGAGGAGGAAUUCGAGUACCUCUCCGGCGUCGCACCUGAUGGCCAUCCGCCGUCUUCUUGGGCCGCCACGGAUGGCUAUCCACUGACCUCUUGGGCUGCCGCCGGCGCCGCAGCGGAUGGGUCCUCGUGGGACGGCGCCGGCGCCUUGGCGGAGCUACCACGGCCGAUGGACGGCCUCGGCGAGGCCGGCCCGACGCCGUUCCUGAACAAGACGUACGAGGUGGUGGACGACCACAGCACGGACACCGUCAUCUCCUGGGGCGUCGCCGGGAACAGCUUCGUGGUGUGGGACGCGCAGGCCUUCUCCACGGUGCUCCUCCCGCGCUACUUCAAGCACAGCAACUUCUCCAGCUUCGUCCGCCAGCUCAACACCUAUGGGUUCAGGAAGGUUGAUCCGGACAGGUGGGAGUUCGCGGCGGAGGGAUUCCUGCGGGGGCAGAAGGAGCUGCUGAAGACGAUCAGGCGUCGGCGGCCACAGUCGAGCACGCCAUCCGCGCCGCCGCAGCAGCAGCAGGGGUCGGGGCCGUGCCUGGAGGUGGGGCAGUUCGGGCACGAGGGCGAGGUGCACCGCCUGCAGCGUGACAAGGGCAUCCUGAUGGCGGAGGUGGUGAAGCUGCGGCAGCAGCAGCAGGCGACGCGGGAGGUGAUGGAGGCCAUGGAGGCGCGUCUCGCGUCCACGGAGCAGAAGCAGCAGCAGAUGACGGUGUUCCUGGCGCGGGCGAUGAAGAGCCCGAGCUUCCUCAAGAUGCUCGUGGACCGGCAGGACCAGCAGGCCCGGCGGAGGGAGCUCCAGGACGCGCUCUCCAAGAAGCGCCGCCGGCCCCCAAUCGAGUACACCCUGCCUCAUCAAAACGGCGAGGCCAGUAGUGGCAGCUACAGCCCCGCAGCGGCGCACGGGUACAGCCCCGGGCUCGCGGACGGCGCAGCGCUAGCGGACGGUGGCGAGGGCGUGCGCGCGGACGGAGGUCAUGGAGGCGGGGAAGACACGGAGAGCUUCUGGAUGGAGCUGCUGAGCCUGGGCCUGGAGGAGAGGCAGAGAGAGGCUGGGGGAGGUGGGGACGCCGAGGUGGACGACGACGUGGACGAUGAGGUGGACGUGCUGGUGCAGAGCUUGUACCACCUCAACCCAAACCGGUCCCACAACCACGAGUGAGAGGAGGAAGGUUCUAGAAAUUUCUUUCCAAUUGGAGGUGGAGGAGGUUAGGGUAGAGGAGCAAGAACCGUUGGUACUGGUAGUGCUAGCUCCAUUCCAUGCGUUUGUUUCCUUUCUUCAUUUUCUAGUAGUAGCACCUGACAUCCUGUCGGGGCCCGCCUGCAUGCGCAAGUUGCCGAAAACAGAAAGGGCCUUGCCUGUCUGGCUAAAGCCGUGGUGAAAUAAUGCUUCGAAAUGCUUACUGAAUUUAGUA